AUGGUCAUCUUCAUUCAUGGCGGCGGCCUGGUAGCGGGCUUCCGCAACGAGGCCAGCUCGGCCAGAUUUACGGACUUCGUCCGCGACUUCGCUCUCUCGCGCGGAUUCCUCUUCAUCUCACCGGACCAUCGCUUGGUGUGGCCGUCUGCCGGUCUCGACAUCAUCGAAGACAUGAAAACCCUCUUCGCCUUCCCUGCAGAUUCUAGCUUCUCCGAGACGUACCUCCCUUCGGGUGUGUCCCUCGACACUCCGCGCAUCGCUGCCCUCGGCGUGAUCGCUGAAGCUUGA